GGGCAGCCCAGCCCCACUGUGGGCUCAGGGCUGUGAGCACCAUGGCCUGGACUCCUCUGCUCCUCGCGCUCCUCUCUCACUGCACAGGGUCCCUCUCCCAGCCUGUGCUGACUCAGCCGCCCUCCCUCUCUGCAUCUCCGGGAGCCACAGCCACACUCACCUGCACCCUGAGCAGUGGCUACAAUAUUGGCGGCUACCAUAUACGCUGGUUCCAGCAGAAACCUGGGAGCCCGCCCAGAUUUCUCCUCAGAUAUAAGUCGGACUCAGAUAAGUACCACGUUUCUGGGGUCCCCAAACGCUUCUCUGGAUCCAAAGACACGUCGGCCAACGUGGGGUUUCUGCUCAUCUCGGGGUUGCAGCCUGAGGACGAGGCUGACUAUCACUGCAGCUACAACUCAAGGCAGUGGGAGCAGCUUUAG